AGCUUCCUCGUUCGACACCUGCUAAAGCGUUGGUUCAAGCUUCCUCAGACUUUCCUUUCCGCCUCUAUAGUGAAGCUGGCGCACCUUUUCUGGCGCCACGCUCCCUCGAGCGACUCAAAGUCCCCAUCUGAAGCACAACCGGUAAUGUCGCGACCGUCAGAACGGCCCCGCUUGACGCCGCAAUUCUGUUUCAACCAAACCGCACUGCGCGACUUUCUCCGCAUCUCGCGUUCUUCGAUGGAUGAUUGCAUAACUCAGAACCUCAAUGCCCUCUUAACGCCCGCGAAAGAAGGUUUCAACCCUUCCUCCACCGCUGCCCGCCAGAUUGAGUACUCCUCGAAGCGCGCUAUCACUAUCGAGUCUUGUUACUCAUUCCAAGAUCGCGUGCUUUUUCCGUCAUGGAAAGUACGAUCUGAUGUCCUAGACUACUGCGCGGGGAUUGCAACAAGUCCGGAUUCAGAUGAUCCGGACCUAGUUCUGCGGCAGAUAGAAGAUGCAAAGGCUAGGGAGCGAAUUGUGGACGAGAGGCUGGAUCCCUACAGUGGGAGAUACUUUGCACGGGAGGGGAGGGCGGAAAGCUUGGCGAUGCUAAUGCGAAAUGAGAGAGCUGUGGAGAAGAUAAUAAGAUCGAGAACAUGGACACUGAUUGGGGAACGAUGUGGUCCGAGUACUGCUUCUGCAGAGGAAGCUUUUGACCAGUGGAGGGCACGGCAACCGAAGCCAUGACGGGAGCUGGCUUACCAUGAAUCUCAGCCUUGCGGAGAUUCGGACACAGGCAUACUAUCUUCGAGACAGGGGAGCUGU